AUGGAGGAACAUAGAGAGGAAAGUGAGAUUGUUGGUGAUUGUAGAGAGCCCAUGGAGGAAGCUAAGGGACUAGGUUUAUCUUCUAAAAAUGAAACCCUAGAUGGUGAUGAGGUUGAUGUUCCGCAGAAAGAGUCCUGUGUUGAAGAUACAUGUAAUUCGGUUUCUGAUGAUGUUGCAAGUGGUGAUGAGAGCAGUGAGAAAACAAUUAGCACUGGUGAUGUUGACAGGACUGAUGCUGUUGCAGAGCCUGACACUGAGGUUAAUAAAAUGGAGUGUGAAGGAGAUGUUGUGACCACUGAGGUGAAGCCGGUAGAUGAGAUAGAUGGCUCUGAGAUUGGUGAUGAUGAGACAGCUAAGUCUGAAGUUAAGAGUCAAAAUGGUGAAAGUGCAGGAGAAGAGGAGACUGUAACCUCUGGUGGGAAUGAAGUGACUCACGAGAAGGCAAAUUGUGAAGUUGAAGAUAAUGGUGAUGCUUGUGAUGAUGAGACGCUUUCUGCUGCAGAAGAUAAAGCUGACCAAGAGAAGGAAUCCGCAAAGAAAAGCGAGGAAGAUUUUAACAAAAUGGAACAGGGAAAUCCGGGUUCUGAGACCAAAGAUGCUAAGCAUUCAGAAUCUGCACCGGUUCCAGAGGAAUCUACCCAAUUAAGCAAAGGGGAUGGAAACAAAGGAAAUCCUGGUAAUGAAUCUGCUACUGAAAUAUCUCAUGAAGAAGUAACAACCAAUGUUAACCAAAAAGAAGAAAAUGGAGAAGCCAUGGAAAUCGAUUAUGCAUCAGAGGAAGAGGUGGAAAAGGAUGUUAAAGUUGGUGAAGUUUUGAAUAAUGCUGGCAAUGAAUCUGCUGAUGCAAGUAUGGUACAAACCCUAGUUGUUCCAACAGCUGAAGUUGACAGAAAUGAUUCCAAUGUAGUAAAGGAAAUGGAAAUUGAUGAACGGAAAGAUAAUGCUAAUAUGGCAAGUGAUCUUACCGGAACAAUUGAAUCUGCUGAUGCAGCAAACCCAAACAGUCUCUCUGAAGAUGCUGCUACAGGUGAAGCUGAACCAUUGGAUCAUAAUCUCUUUGAUCCAAGUUCUGAUAUUACCAACUUUAUUGAUUUCAGUGGUGUAUCAUCUUGGUCAGGAAAUAUACAAGACCUUAAAACCGAAACCGGGAGUGUAUCUUUGAAAGAGGAUAAGAAAGCAACUAAUAUGGCAGAGGAAGUUGCCAUGGUGGAUCGUAAAGAGACCCUUAAAUCCCAUGAUAACUUAAGUGCUGAAGUUGUUGAAAAUGAAUCCAAUGAAGCCUGUGGUGCUUUCGGAGCAGAAUCUCCAGCUGCUGCAACAAAGUGUCCAAGAGAGGCUUCUGAUGCAAUUAUGGGAUCUGACGAAAACCAAGAAGAUAAGGAUCGUGAAUGCUUAGAUAAGAAAACAGCAGAUCAGCAAGACACAAUGAGAGAGGAAGAUGACAUUACUCAUGAAGCUCCAAGUGUCGAUCCAGACCAAAAGGAAGAUGCAGAGAUGGAAGAAAAUCCUAACAAUUCUGAUUUUGCUGAUGGUGGAACCGAUUCUGAUAUUAAAACCAAUGGUGUAAAACGAAAGGCUGAUGUCCUGAGUGAGGAUUCAGCAGGAGAAGGUAGGAAGACUGUUUCAUUGGCGAAGGUGUCUUUUGACCAAAGGCCAUCCUUUAAGAUUGGUGCAUGCAUAGCCAGAGCUGCUAGUCAGAUGGCAGGAUCUCCGUCAGUUUUGAAGGGUAGUAGCAUUGGUGAUGAAACUCUUUCUGUUGAGAGUUUUGUAUCCCAGCUUCACUGUGCAGCAACAGACCCUGCUAAAGAGCAUGUUGUAUCUGAUAUUGCUGUUGGCUUUUUCUUAGAUUUCCGAAACUCAUCAGCUUCACAGCACGUUACCCCGGAAAAGGUAAGCAGUAAAAGAGGUAGACCAUCCAAUUCUAACGCAGGAGGAACCGAAGCAUUUGAAUUUGAGGAAAUGGGUGACACAUACUGGACUGACAGGGUGAUCCAUAAUGGUGGUGAAGAGCAAACGCCACCUACUGAAAAAGGAAACUAUCAAGUGGUGCCGGUUGAACUGAAACCUGCUCAGGUUAAAAAGACUCGCCGACCAUACAGGAGACGGCAGUCUCAGAUCACUAUUCCUCUUCCUUCAGCCUCAGACAAACCGGCAGGAUUUGAUGAGAAUGCACCAGCUGAGCUUAUAAUGAACUUUUCUGAAACUGAUACAAUACCCCCUGAGAAGAGCCUGAGUAAAAUGUUCAGGCAUUUUGGACCAAUAAGAGAGUCGCAGACUGAAGUUGACAGGGAGAACAACCGGGCUAGAGUAGUUUUUAGGAAGGGUGCUGAUGCUGAGGUAGCUUACAACAGCGCAGGAAGGUUCAAUAUAUUUGGGAAGAUUGCUGUGAAUUACGAGCUCAGCUUUACAAUUACAGAAGUAUUCAAAGUUCAGCCUUAUGUUGUCUCCUUAGGCGAGGAGGAUGCAGCGGUAUCUCUUCCCUCUUAG